UGCAGCUGUCCCGGGGAGGAGGGAAAAGAAAACAACUCGGGUUAAACUCUCUUAGAAUUCGGUUUUAAUAAUAAUAAUCAUCCAGUUUUUAUAUAAAGCAAUAUAUAUAUAGAUUUACAGUUUAUUACAGUAUUAUUUGCGCCAUGGUGAAAUUACGAGCAAGGUGUAUUCUUGUCGGAGAUGCAGCGGUAGGAAAGAGCGCCUUGUCUCAGAUGUUCAGCAGUGAUGGUUCCCACAUCCAGAAGAACUACAGCAUGACUGCUGGUGUGGAGCUGCUGGUGAAGUCAGUGAACAUUCCAGAAACUAGCGACAGUGUGGAGCUAUAUAUCUUUGACUCUGCAGGACGUGAAACUUUUGUGGAGACAUGUGAGAAAAUGUGGGGGCAGCCGUCAGUGGUGUGCGUGGUGUUUGAGAUCAGCAGCCUGGACUCGUUCAAAAGUUGCAGCCGCUGGCUAGAGAGAGUCCGAGCUCACUGCAACGGACUGCAGUUACCAGGUGUGUUAGUGGGGAAUAAGUCGGACCUGGCAUCGAGAAGAGAGGUGGAGACAUCCGUGGCACAGGAGUGGGCACAGGAACAAGGUCUUCAGUACCAUGAGACCUCCGCUAAGGAGAUGGAGAACUGCGAUGCUCCCUUUCUGAGUUUAGCUCAAGCCUUUUAUGCUCUGUAUCAGGACCGGAGGCAGAUGAUACAAAGGCUCGGUUAGGACACCACAGAGACUGACAGCCUCUGAUGGCCUGUUUUCUAGCUAAUGUGUACAUACACUACAUUGCCAAAAGUUUUGGGACACCCCUCCAAAUCACUAAAUUCAGGGGUUGGGCUUUGCCCCUUAGUUCCAGUGAAAGGAACUCUUAAUGCUUCAGCAUACCAAGACAUUUUGGACAAUUUCAUGCUCCCAACUUUGUGGGGACAGUUUGGGGAUGACCCCUUCCUGUUCCAACAUGACUGCACAUCAGUGCACAAAUCAAGGUCCAUAAAGACAUGGAUGAGCGAGUUUGUUGUGGAGUGUAUUUAUUUAUACAAUCAUUAAUUAAUCUCACGUUUCUUUUUUAUUCUUCAAUUUAAAUCCAACUUGACAGCAUUUCCUUACUGUAUCAUACAAUGGCACUUAUAAUGCUUUACAUGGAUAAAUAUUUCUGGAUGCCUGACCAUCACAGCCUUCCCAAAUAUUCCACAAAUAACAAAAUUGGAAGCACAUUUCUGUGAAGACAUUGUUUGCCAAGUUUGGAUUGGACCUCAACUCCCCACUGAACACCUUUCUGAUGAAUUUGAAUAGCAAAAGGUCUCUUCAUCGCUUGUUCUCACUAGUGCUUUUGCUGCUGGAUAGGGAAAAAACCCCACAGCAAUGUUUCCCAGAGGUGGAGUGAGGGGGUAAAGCUGGAAAAAGAUGUUUGAAAAGUACAUAUCGGAUUGAUGGUCAGGUGUCUCUACAAAUAGUGUACUUUGGCCAUAUAAUGUAUCUAGUCAAUCUCCCUCGACUCUAUUAUUUGUCCAAUAUCAUUUAAACUUCCAUUUCUAUGGCGAUGAUUCACCAGUUUAUCUCAGCAUGAAACCGUCUGCUCCAAUCCCUCCUCCUGCCUACUGCAAAGCAAAUGCUGGAUGACUUUAAACUUUCUCCGACUGAACUAUGACAAGACAGAGAUGGUAUUAUAGUAACUCCUUCCACUGCAGUUCAAAAUCGUCUUUGACACAAUGCUCCCUUUUCAGUCUGAAAUAAAUUCUUCACAAUAUUG